CAAGGCUGGUGAGAGCUGCAGGCUGAGACUGGCCCCCCUGCCUGCGUAAGAGCCCGCCGCCGGCGCGGCCGCGGGGCGGGGGGCGCCGAGCGCGCCAGCGCCGCUCUUAUUCUGAAGGGGCCGGAGGGGGCUUCAUUUCCUGACAGCUAUUUACUUAAAGCAAAUGAUUAGUUUUGGAAGGAUGGACUAUAACAUUGAAUCAAUUACGGGACGCGGUUUGUGAGACCAUUACAGUCGGGUCUGGAGGGAGGGCGAGCGGGAGCGAAAGAGCGCGGUGGAGCGGGGAAAGUCACAAAAGACGUGGACAUAUUUUGGAUACUUUACAAUUUGCAGGACCGUAGCUGCGGAUUACAAAGCAGAAGGUAAGAGCUGUUGAUAGCCAUGGGUACUUCCCCAAGGAUAUUCCUGAUCCUGGGAUGUUUCUUCACAGGACCAUUCCUAACAUUUUGCCAGCUUCCUCUGCCAACUAUUGUUCCCAGUAGAAACAAAAUGGUCGUACAGCUGAAUUCCAAUUUCACACUGAAAUGCUCUGGAGACAGCGAAGUGAGCUGGCAGUACCCAGUGAUUGAGGGAAGCCACAGGAUAGACAUCAGACACGAAGAGAACAACAGUGGCCUCUUCGUGACAGUGCUGGAAGUAGGAAAUGCCUCAGCCGUGCAUACGGGCUUGUACGUUUGCUAUUACAACCACACUCAGGUGGAGGAUGGGGAAGUGGAAGGGAAGGACAUCUACAUCUAUGUGCCUGAUCCAGACAUGCCUUUUGUUCCUUCCAUACCAGAAGAUCAGUUCAUCUUAGUAGAAGAAGGUGAUCCUACCAUUAUCCCUUGUCGUACAAGUGACCCAAAUGCUCAAGUGACUUUAAUUAACAGUUUAGACAAGGCUGUCCAUGCUUUCUACGACAGCAAGCAAGGCUUCAUUGGGAAUUUUCCUGCAGGCUCAUAUACAUGCAAAACAACAGUUAAAGGCGUGGAGUUCAAGUCAGAAGAGUUCCUCAUCUAUAUUUUAAGAGCUACUUCACAGCUGCCGGUUGAAAUUGAAGCUCUUAAAACUGUCUACAAAACAGGCGAGACCAUUGUGGUAACUUGUGUGGUCUUCGACAAUGAGGUGGUUAAUUUACAAUGGAAUUAUCCUGGGAAAGUGAAAGAAAAAGGUCUGAUAAAACUUGAUGAUAUCAAAGUCCCAUCGCAGAAGCUGGUUUACACCUUGACCGUUCCUGAGGCAUCAGUGAAAGACACAGGGGAUUAUGAAUGUACUGCUCGGCAUGCAACCAAGGAGGUUAAGGAAAAUAAGAAAGUAGUCAUUACAGUACACGACAAAGGAUUCAUUCAUCUGGAGCCUCAGUUCAGCCCUUUGGAAGCUGUCAACCUACAUGAAGUGAAGCAUUUUGUUGUUGAUGUGCAGGCAUAUCCAGCUCCAAAAAUGUACUGGCUGAAGGACAAUGUGACUCUGAUUGAAAAUCUUACUGAGAUUGUUACUAGUUCAAACAGAGUCGAGGAGACAAGGUUUCAAAGUAUAUUAAAAUUGAUCCGGGCCAAGGAAGAAGACAGUGGGUACUAUACUUUGGUUGCUGAAAAUGAAGAUGAGAUUAAAAGAUACACCUUCUCAUUGCUAAUACAAGUUCCAGCCUUAAUCUUAGACCUGGUGGACGAUCACCACGGCUCAGCAGGGGGGCAGACCGUGAGGUGCUUGGCGGAAGGGACCCCGCUUCCCGACGUGGAAUGGCUGGUUUGCAAGGACAUUAAAAAAUGCAGCAAUGACACCUCAUGGACUCUUUUGACUAACAAUAUCUCUGAUAUACACAUGGAAGCUCAUCUGGAUGAGAAAAACAUGGUGGAAAGCCAGGUGACCUUCCAGAAGGUAGAGGAAACCCUGGCUGUUCGAUGCAUGGCAAGAAACGACCUUGGUGCUGUUACUCGAGAACUGAAGCUCGUGGCUCCCACCUUGCGAUCAGAGCUAACAGUGGCUGCCGCAGUCUUAGUACUUUUAGUGAUUGUGAUAAUUUCACUGAUUGUGCUGGUCAUCAUAUGGAAACAGAAGCCAAGGUAUGAGAUAAGAUGGAGAGUCAUUGAGUCUAUUAGCCCCGAUGGCCAUGAAUACAUUUAUGUGGACCCAAUGCAACUGCCUUAUGACUCCAGAUGGGAGUUUCCUCGAGAUGGGCUAGUGCUUGGUCGAAUCCUUGGUUCUGGUGCAUUUGGAAAAGUAGUUGAAGGGACUGCAUAUGGAUUGAGCCGCUCUCAACCAGUGAUGAAAGUAGCUGUGAAAAUGCUGAAACCUACAGCUAGAUCCAGUGAAAAACAGGCACUCAUGUCUGAAUUGAAGAUAAUGACGCAUCUCGGGCCUCACCUGAAUAUUGUGAAUUUGCUUGGAGCUUGUACAAAAUCAGGUCCUAUUUACAUCAUCACUGAAUACUGCUUUUAUGGUGAUUUGGUGAACUAUUUGCAUAAGAAUAGGGACAAUUUCCUGAGCCGACACCCGGAGAAGCCAAAGAAGGAUUUGGACAUCUUUGGAAUGAACCCAGCUGAUGAAAGCACAAGAAGUUAUGUGAUUUUAUCUUUUGAAAACACUGGAGAAUACAUGGACAUGAAACAAGCUGAUACCACUCAAUAUGUGCCGAUGCUGGAAAGGAAGGAAGGCUCUAAAUACUCGGAUAUCCAGAGAUCCGUGUAUGAUCGCCCUGCUUCAUACAAGAAGAAAUCUAUGUCAGACUCAGAAGUCAAAAACCUUCUUUCAGAUGACAGUUCAGAAGGCCUCAGCCUAUUGGAUUUGCUGAGCUUCACCUAUCAGGUUGCACGGGGAAUGGAAUUCUUGGCCUCUAAAAACUGUGUACACCGUGACUUGGCAGCUCGUAAUGUCCUUCUGGCUCAAGGAAAAAUUGUGAAGAUCUGUGACUUUGGCCUGGCUAGAGACAUCAUGCAUGACUCCAACUAUGUCUCCAAGGGCAGUACUUUCCUUCCAGUAAAAUGGAUGGCACCUGAAAGCAUUUUUGACAAUCUGUACACAACAUUAAGUGAUGUCUGGUCUUACGGAAUUCUGCUGUGGGAAAUAUUUUCUCUUGGUGGCACACCAUAUCCUGGCAUGAUGGUUGAUUCUACUUUCUACAAUAAGAUAAAGAGUGGCUACCGAAUGGCAAAACCAGAUCAUGCUACCAAUGAAGUGUAUGAGAUCAUGGUGAAGUGCUGGAACAGUGAACCGGAGAAAAGACCUUCUUUUUACCAUUUGAGUGAAAUUGUGGAGAGCUUGUUGCCUGGGGAGUAUAAAAAGAGCUAUGAGAAGAUUCAUCUGGACUUCCUGAAAAGUGAUCACCCAGCUGUCACGCGCAUGAGAGGGGACUGUGACAAUGCUUACAUUGGUGUCACCUACAAGAACGAAGACAAGUUAAAGGACAGGGAGAGUGGAUUCGAUGAGCAGAGACUGAGUGCUGACAGCGGAUACAUCAUCCCCCUGCCUGACAUUGACCCUGUUUCUGAAGACGAGCUUGGCAAAAGGAACAGGCACAGUUCCCAGACAUCUGAAGAAAGUGCCAUUGAAACUGGUUCCAGUAGCUCUACUUUUAUCAAGAGAGAGGAUGAGACCAUUGAGGACAUUGACAUGAUGGACGACAUCGGGAUUGACUCCUCAGACCUGGUAGAGGACAGCUUCCUGUAACCCCCCAGAAGCCACGAACACCUGCCAGCUCUGCACAAGGAGAAGCUUGCCAUACAGUCUACAGACUUCUGCUCCACAGAGAAAACCACUUUAUUGCGAUGUAAAUGAUGUGAAGAGAAGAUGGACUUGUACAGAGAAACUCCCAGCGUUGGGCACGGGAAUCAGCCUGACUACGAAUGAGAGAGACAUGUUGAAGAUGGAUUUUUUUUAGUGUUGCUUCUUGCAGUACUUCAGUAGCAUCUCAGUGUUGUUUGCCAUUUGAACUGGUAGAAGGACGAAGGAAAAGGCCACAAACAGACCAGUUGUGUGUUUCAAGGGCAUUCAUAUGACUUGGAUGGAUGGAAUUUCCACUGCAGCAAUACUUCACCCUUGUAAUUAUGUAAAUAACUGUCCACUCAAGGAUCUUUUGAGGUGCACAUCGAACAUAUUCUCUGGAUGUUAGAAGAGAUCACUCAUGAAUUUUGUGUACUUCCUCCCUCAAUCUCAGUGUCAGCUGCUGUUGAACUAUCAUGUGAAUUGAAGAACAUGCAAAAACCACUUUUGGACCAAAAAGGUCUAAAACCACAAGGGACUAACUGGUACUACAAAACAUGUUACUUUUUACCAUUAAUGCAAGUAAAGGGGAAUAAUAAUAAUAAUAAUUAAAAAAAAAGUCUAUAAUAGGUGUUAGAAACCUAGAAAGUCUUUAUUAACUGUAGAAGAUAGCUGUUUUCAUAAUAAUACUACUACCAUUUUCAGUAACACUAAGUAUAUAUUUUAUAAUUCAUUGUCCUUCAGUAAAGCACAGUUUCAAGAAACUUUACUAAGUAGGAGAAAAAGAUUUAUGACCUGAAAAUUUUUAUGAAACAAUCGUUUUAUCUGGCUGCACACAGUAUGGUAAGUGCUCUGGUUAGCUAAAACUACUUUAACAUGGAGAAACAUUUGUAUCUUCUAAUGUGCUAAGAUUUAGUUUUCUAUCAUCAGCUGAGUAGCUUUUCUAAUCAGAUGUACUAAAAGCAAUUACUGUCUUCUGAUUUAGAGAGGUUCUAAACAUUUUUAAAUUUUUUAAAAUGAAAAUUUAUGCCACAUUUCCAAGAUGCUGCAGAAUGGAAGUAUUUGAUAAACCACCAGCAACAUCCCAUUAUUAGUGUUUCAUGGGAACUCAAAAGAAAUCUUGUCCUGGGGUGAGCUGUGAAUAAUUGAGUUGAUAUUUGAACUGGUCAAGGAACAAAGACAUCUCCCCUAGCCUGGAACUCCAGAUUAAAUAAGAAGAAGUAACUCCACAACAAAUAUACUUGUCUUAGCUGUCAGGUUUAAAUAGCAUCAGAAAACUCUGAGUCUAUUAUCUUUGCAGACUGAAACUACAAACAGUAAUUGCUUCCAAAUGUGUUUUUUGGAGGAAGGCGUAUGAAAAUGAAUCCAUUUUCAGUUUGCAAUAGUUGUUUAUUGAUGCCACUUACACGAACAAAGUAUUAUGAUUACUGCUAUCACUGUAAAAUGUAUUAUCAACAUAUGAUGCUUUGGAAGACUUACAUGUGAAAGAGGUACAUUACCACAGUGGACCCCAUCCUUUCUGGUGCUCAGCUUUCAGACUCGGCACUAAUUCAGUGCAAUGAGCGCCUCACACGAAGUGCUUGGCAUCUGGCAUGACACAGUCAAUGCAAAUGCGAUGCAAACUCACUCCUGUGUUGCAGCCUUUUCCUGGGAAGUGUGAAGGACAGACCAGCAGUGACGGACAGAACAUGCUGCCUGGAUUCUGAAUAACAAAUCUAAAAUUCAAAUUUAAAUGGCCCUAGGAAAAGCUACACAACUCCCCUUGACUUCACUUGUUCUGGAGAGUUGUGAAUCAGAUGAAAACAAAUGUAAUAUUGUCAGUGUUACAGGCAAAUAAUUCUGGAUCUGGAUUUAAAAAUGUCUUCUGACUAAGGCCACAUGCAAAUGUACUGCAAAUGUGAAAAUAUGACUUGAAGUGAGGCACAGAGAUUUUCAGCCCUGAGGAUGGCUAACGGUCCGAAUGAGCCAUCAGCACAUGAGCACAUCCUCCACUCCUUGCAGUCAACAGAUCGAGUGUCUUUUUGGAAGCAGUGCUUUAGCGAAACACGUCACUGAGCUCUGUACAGGGAUAACUGUGAAAUUUAAAGGCUCUUGAUGUAGCCAGGACAGAUAAGAUAAUGCCUCCCUCUGACUAUGAAGUAUAAAUUGGGGAAACACAAAUGAUCUACUAGAUAUCCCAGAUAUCUGAAUGGCCGCUUGAGACCACACAUGCCUUAAUUUGCAUGCAGUCAGUACAGCUACACAUUAGGCAAGCGGAUUCACCUGCAUUUUUGCACAUGGCCUCGUGUUCUUCAUGGUUUGAAAAUCAGGCCCAGCAUGUUUAAUUGUAUCAGGUACUGGUAUAUAAGAUAUUUUCAUGUGACCUUCCCUUCCUCUCACUGGUUUCAUCCUGUAUCUCACAACGCGUCUUGGCUCUAGACCCAAACUGGAGAUAUGAACCAGAACUGGCUUGCUUUCUGAUCCCUGGUAAUGUUAAUUUUCCAUCCUGUAAUGAGUACCGUGUAAUGAACUGCAUCCAUGCCAGGGGUCUAGCCAAACCCAGCUCAUUUCAGGCUUGGAAUCAUAAACUAGCCUAGGAAUUGGGAAUGAGAGGCAGAGGAAGAGAGGGGAUUUACUGGAGUGGGAGAGGAUGAUUCAUUUAGUUUUACAAUAUUUUCAGUAUUACAGACUUUUUCUUUUAUGGCUUUAUUUUUGAGAAGCCACUGGAAGAGAUAUUCCCAAUUCUUUCUCUAGAGUAAUUGUAUAAUGACAAUCAGCAUUAGCCUAUGAAACACAGCUUGUGAUUUGGAAUGGCCAACCAAUUCCUUACAGUGUGGUCUGCAACUUGUAAAAAAUGGUCCUAUUACAUGAUGAAGGACGUAAGAUAUGGUGAUGUUAUACAUCAAUAUGUAUAUAAGUAUUUUUAUAUAGACUUCUAGAAUACUGCCAAACAUUUAUGACAGCUAUAUCACUGCCUUUUGUUUAUAUUUUUUUUACUGUGAUAUAUUCCACAGGCACGUUAACUGUUGCACUUUGAAUGUCCAAAAGUUAUAUUUUAGAAUAAUAAAGAAGGAAGUGUUUCCAAAAUGGUGGCUGUUGUGAAAUGUUUGAAGAAGGGCAAACUGGCCUGAGUGAUGGUAGGCACAAAAUGUAUUACAAAAUGCCCCUGUCGAUAUUUUGUCUUUAAAAAAAUCUUGUAAAUUAAGAUCUCUAUAUUUCAAUAAAUGAUAUAUAAUUUAAGGAUA